AUGGCAGACGCAGGCCGACCAAAACAAGGCACAGGACAGGCCAGUGAAUUUUACAUGGCAUGUCGAGAAGGUGAUUUAUACAAAGUUAAUCGUUACUUGAAAUCAAUGACUGUUAGAGAGAUAAAUCAUGUUGAAGAAUCAAAUAAUAGUACUGCUCUUCAUGCUGCAGCUUAUUUUGGACAUGGCGAUGUUGUCAAACGUCUAUUAGAGGUCGGUGCCAACGUACAUACACGUAAUGGAUAUGGUAAUACCGCCGAGCAAGAAGCAAAAACUGCAGAGAUUACAGAAAUUUUCAAACGUGCGAAACAUUAG